CUUGGACAUGAGUUGAAAGGCCCUAUCUUUUCAUGUCCAUGUCCAUCUCCCGAGUGAAAGCGAGCGAGCGAGCGACCGAUUGAUUGACGUGUGAUGCCUCACUAGCUGGAGAGCGCUCUCUCCUUUGUGGCAAAUCUCAUCAGCAACAGAGACGGCUGGUGUGACACCUUGUGAAAACGCCCGCUCGCUCGCUCAGUCGCUCCGUCUCUCUCUCCCUCCCUCCAUAUCUCCCUUUGCCACCUGCUGUCUCCCUCCUCAUCUCUCUCCAGUCGAGUCGGCAGUCUCUACCACUCUGCUUCCUUUCCCCUCCUCUUCUUCUCCAGAAAGCAGAGGCAUGGAGCGGCAGAGGAAGGCAAUGUGGCUGUACCCCAAGGUGGUCGGCUUCAACCCGCCGGAGAGGUGGGGCCACUCCGCCUGCUUCUUCGAAGGGGUCGUCUACGUCUUUGGGGGAUGCUGCGGCGGCCUGCACUUCAGCGACGUGGUGACGCUGGACGUGGAGACGAUGGCGUGGAGCGCGCUGGCCACGACGGGGCAGCGGCCGGGCACGCGGGACAGCCACGGCGCCGCGCUGGUGGGCCACCGGAUGCUCGUGUUCGGGGGCACCAACGGCGGCAAGAAGGUGAACGAGCUGCACGUGCUGGACCUGCGCACCAGGGAGUGGAGCCGCCCGCAGUGCAGGGGGGCGGCGCCGUCGCCGCGGGAGAGCCACAGCGUCACCGUCGUCGGGGGCGACCGCCUCGUGGUCUUCGGCGGGAGCGGGGAGGGGGAGGGCAACUACCUCAGCGACGUGCACGUGCUGGACGUGCCCACCAUGACGUGGUCCACGCCGGAGGCCAUCAGGGGCGGCGCCCCCGCGCCCAGGGACAGCCACAGCGCCGUCGCCGUCGGCGCCAGGCUCUUCGUCUUCGGCGGGGACUGCGGCGACCGCUACCACGGCGGGGUGGACGUGCUCGACGUCGACACCAUGGCGUGGUCAAGGUUUCCUGUCAAGGGCGCGUCGCCUGGCGUCAGAGCAGGUCAUGCGGCUUUGAGUGUUGGGUCCAAGAUCUAUAUUAUCGGAGGAGUUGGUGACAAGCAAUACUACAGCGACGUCUGGGUUCUCGAUGUCGCCAACCGUUCGUGGAGUCAGCUCGAGGUGAGCGGGCAGCGACCGCAGGGAAGGUUUUCCCACACCGCAGUAGUCAUGAACAAUGACAUUGCAAUCUAUGGAGGAUGCGGCGAAGACGAGCGUCCCCUGAACGAGCUUCUCAUUCUGCAAUUGGGCUCCGAGCAUCCGAACGGCCGUUACAACAUUUCGACGUGCAAGGUUCUGAGCAACCAAUGGAGCCAAGAGAGGAGGAAGUUUCUCCAAUCAGAGACUAAAGAUACAGGUGCGAGCAACGGAGAAACGGUGCAGAAACGUCGAGAGGCAGAAAUUGAGCAGAGGAAUCCGUUCCUGCGUGGCCUAGAGAACAGCCGUGCGAAACGAAGGAAAACCGAUGAAGCUCGCCCGAGCGAGGCGGCCGAGUCAGAGCAGCAGGAGGAGCACUCGCUGACUCUCUCCCAGCACUCCUCGCCGUCGCAGUCAGACCAAGAGCAGAACGGCGGCGGAGCUCACAAGCUCUCGCCCUCGCCCAACGCGUCGGUCUCAGCGCUGCAACCGUUCGCUCGCCUCAAGGCUAACGACGGCGCUCCGAGUGCUCCUGGGCGCGGAGGCGGCGGCGUGUCUUCGAGGCCGGCUCUGAAGACGGACCAGUUCCUCCGCACCGUCGCGCCACAGCAUCAUCGGCAGGAAGUGCAGUUCCUUUCCUCCGACCAUAAGAAGCCUCAGCCCCGGCCGGCUCCUGGACCACCCCUUAUUGGCGCAGAGGUCCAUGGGACGAUCGAUGGAGCUUUCGAUUCCGGGUACCUCAUGACGGCCGUCGUGAAUGGGCAGCUCUUCAGAGGCGUUCUGUUUGCUCCGGGACCUGGGGUUACGGCUCCGAGACCGACGGUGCACCAUCAGAUCCUGACGAGCUCGGCCAUGCCUCCCCAGCAGCGGCCACUGCUCGCGCACGCCAUCCCUGUCCACGCCCGGCCGGUGCCGCAGGCGACGGGGUUCGUGCUGCCGAACUGUGUCCACCGCGCGCGGCAAGGGUUCCCGGCAAAGGCAGUCAAGUCCGAGCCGGAGCGAGGCGGCAGCGACCUGCACGAUGUUGUGCUCACCCUGGGAGGGCCUGGAGGGGGCAAGUGAGCCCCUCAAGAACGGUGGUCCAGGUCGUCCUGGCCUACUGCUGUUUACCUUUGGGAAUUGCUUUGUAAAUUAGUCAUCUGGUCGAGUGGAAAUAAGUGUAGCGGCUUUUCUGUGAUCUUUUCAAGGGUCAUUUUAGGGUUCUUCGAUCUGUGACUUUACAUAUAUGAAUAUAGUGUUAGCUUGAUC